UUGCACCAACUUAAUUGGUUAUCUCUUCCUCUUCACUGUACCAUGAGCAUUAUAUAAGAUUAGGUGUUUGCAAAUACUUGGAACCGUGAGAGAGAGGGACAAGUAGUUUGUAAAGGUGUGGAUUCCCGAGUUGUUCUAGAUUGGCUGGCUAGCAAGGAAAUAUGGAAGGGCUGAAUCUAUGCAGUGUCCUGGUGACAGGAUCUAAUCGGGGCAUUGGUCUGGAGAUGAUCAAACAAUUGGCCAAGAAAAGCAAACCACCACAAUGGAUCUUUGCAACGUGCCGGGAUCCAGAGGGACCACGUAGCCAGGAUUUGAGGAAUUUGGCUGCUCAGCACCAGGAAAUUGUGAUCAUCCCACUGAACAUUACCGAUCCAUCCAGUAUCGAGGCGGCUGUAGCGAUGGUCACGGAGCGGCUGAAUGGAACUGGGCUGAACCUGCUGAUCAACAACGCAGCAAUUGCCUCCCAUGAUACCAAACUCAUCUCUCAAACACCUGAAGACAUGGCCGAGGUCUACAAAACCAACGUCAUUGGGCCCAUGUUGAUUAGCCAGGCAUUUCUGCCUUUGCUGAGGAAAGCAUCUCAGGACAGUCCCACAAAAGGUAUGAGCUGCAGCAAAGCCUGCAUUGUCAACAUGUCCAGUUAUGCAGGCUCCAUCACGGACGUUUACCUGUGGGAGUACGGGCAGGUUCUUCCUUACCGUUGUAGCAAGGCUGCUCUGAAUAUGCUGACACGGUGCCAAUCAUUGGCAUUUAGCAAUGAUGAAAUUCUGUGCGUCUCACUGCAUCCAGGAUGGGUCCUCACAGACAUGGGAGGCAACAUGGCUCCAAUAACAGCGGAUUCAAGUGUAGCAGCCAUGCUAAAACUUUUGGCUCAUCUUUGUGAGAAGGACAAUGGCACUUUUCUGAGCUGGGAAGGGAAAAUCCUUCCAUGGUGAACAACAACAGGCUUCUUGUUUGAGGAACAGGACAAACUUCUCACUUGGGCCAAUGUGAAUAUUUAUCUGGUGUUAUUUGUUGAUUAAAUGGACUUUUGUC